AUGGCCGAGGUUGCAGGCCUACUUCUCUCCCCCUUCCUCCAAGUACUCUUCGAAAGAGUUGCUUCUCGGGAGUUCGUUGACUUCUUUCGAAGCCGAAAACUUGACAGUGGACUCUUAAAGAGGUUGAAGAUAGUGUUGCUGUCUGCGAAUGCGGUGCUUGAAGAUGCAGAGGAAUUGCAAUUUACAAAGCCUAUGGUGAAAAAGUGGCUUGAUGAGCUGAAAGAUGCCGUCUACGAGGCAGAAGAUAUCCUUGACGAGAUUCAUACCGAAGUCUUGCAAUGCAAGUUGGAUGCUGAAUUUCAAACUAUUUCAACUAAGGUACGAAAAACCAUCUCUACUUCUCUUAAUCCUUUUGUCAGGAAGAUAGAACCAAAGAUAAAAGACGUACUUGAGACAUUGGAUCAUCUAGUACAGCAGAAAGAUGCUAUAGGUUUGAAAGAAGGCAAUGGAGGAAAAUCAUCCGGAAGAUUGUCCACUGCUUCUUUGGUUUCAGAAUCUGAUAUUUUUGGCAGGACUAUUGAUAAGGAGGCAAUAAUUAAUUUGUUGCUGUCAGAUAACGUAAGUGGCAAUGAGUUGUGUGUGAUUGCUAUUGUUGGUAUGGGGGGACUUGGGAAGACAACCCUUGCUCAACUUGUUUAUAACGACGACAGGAUGGAGAGGCCACAUUUUGAUCUUAAAGUGUGGGUUUGUGUUUCGGAUGAUUUUGAUGUGUUGAAAAUGACGAAAACAAUAUUAGAGAAACUUGGGUUGUCAUCAACUAACAGUGAUGGUAAGAGUCUAGAUUGGCUUCAAGUUACACUACAGCAGAAUCUAACUGGAAAGAAAUUUCUUCUUGUAUUAGAUGAUGUUUGGAAUAAGAAUUAUUCGGAAUGGGAGGCCUUUAGCAACCCCUUUAAAUCAUGUGCAAAAGGGAGUAGGGUGCUUGUAACCACAAGGGAUAAAAAUGUUGCAUCAAUCAUGCGCACUACUCAAAUUCACGAUCUAAAGAAAUUACAAGAAGAAGAUUGCUGGACACUAUUUUCAAAACAUGCGUUUUAUUCUGGUAAUUCUAAUGCUCAUCAGGAGCUGGAAGUAAUUGGUAGACAGAUUGUGGAAAGAUGUGAAGGCCUACCCUUAGCAGUCAAGACAAUUGGAGCUCUCUUGUGGUCUAAAUUGGAUGUUAGUGAGUGGAAUAAGAUAUUGAGGAGCGAAAUAUGGGACUUGCCUACUGAUAUUAUUCCUGCACUAAGAUUAAGCUACAAAUAUUUGCCCUUACAUCUUAAGCAUUGCUUUGCUUACUGUUCAAUCUUUCCUAAAGAUUAUGAUUUAAAAAAAAAAAAAAUAAUCUUAUUGUGGAUGGCGGAAGGUUUGUUGCCACAAGUGAAAGAAAAAACAAUGGAACAAAUUGGUGAUGAUUACUUUGUUGAUCUUGUGUCAAGAUCAUUGUUCCAACAAUCAAGUGAAAAUACCCUGAAAUUCGGAAUGCAUGAUCUUGUCAAUGACUUAGCAAGAUUUGUGUCAGGACAAUUUACCUUCAGACUAGAGGGUGAAAAUUCUCUUGAAAUUGAGAAUAAGACACGCCAUUUGUCAUUUGCCAAUAUAACUGUUGAUACUACUAAGAAGUUUGGGGCGCUUUAUGAGGCUAAGGGGUUGCGUACUUUCCUACCAAUAGAUUCUUACAAUAAAAUCUUAGCUAAACAACAUGUGCAGGAUUUGCUGCCAAUGCUACGACGCUUACGAGUUCUUAAGUUAUCUCAUUCUCGAAAUUUGACCGAAUUGCCUGAUUCAAUUGGCAAAAUGAAACAUCUACGGCAUUUGGAUGUUUCUUGGACUUCAAUUAGGAAACUACCUGAUUCCAUAUGCAAGUUGUGCAAUUUGCAGACCUUGAAAAUAUCGAAUUGUGACUAUCUUACUGAAUUUCCAAGAGAUCUUCAUAAACUCAUUAGUUUGCAUCACCUUGAUUUUAGUGGUGGCAUAGAAGAGUUGCCAGUACGAUUGGGUAAUUUGCGUCAUCUUCAAACUUUGACUAAAUAUAUUGUUAGUAAACAAAGUAGAGGUGGCAUAGAAGAGUUGGGGGAACUUGCAAAUCUUGGGGGAAAUCUCUGUAUUUCGAAUCUCCAAAAUGUUGCAUCUCCUAAACAUGCUUUGGCUGCCAGGUUGAAAGAUAAAAAGUAUCUGGAGCAGUUGAAGUUGGAAUGGAAUGACGAAAAUAAUAUUUCAGAAAGUCAAAGGGCUGUAUUGGACAAUCUCCAACCCCAUGCAAACUUGAAAAGUCUCUCGAUCAUCGACUAUGGAGGUAAAAGUUUUUCGGAUUGGAUCGGACUUCACUCAUUUUCUAAUAUAGCAUUUCUCCAUCUAUUUAAUUGCAAGUAUUGCUCUGUCUUGCCACCACUCGGACAGCUACCUUCUCUGCAGUCCCUUUCUAUUGUUCAAUUUGAUGGAAUUGAUGCAGUAGAUCGAGACUUUUAUGGCAAUUGUUCUGCUUCAACGAAACCAUUUGGAGCCUUGAAAGUUUUGAAUUUUAGAAACAUGCCGAAGUUGGAGAAAUGGUUUGCUUUUGGUGCCGAAAUUGAAGGUGGAGCUUUUACUCAUCUUGAAGAACUUGAGAUUGUUAACUGCCCCAAGUUAACAGGAGAGUUGCCGAUCCAUCCUUCUUCUUUAUCUAGACUUGUGAUAAAAGAAUGUCCGUUGUUGGUGACUUCACUUCCAAGUGCUGCUACUCUACGUGAACUGGAGCUAAGAGAUUGUAAUGAGGCUCUCUUCAUCGAAUUUCCAAUGGGAUUGCAGAAACUCAAGAUUGGAGGAUUUGAUGCGCUAGAGUCCAUACCGGAGAGAUUGAUGGACUUCAACAGUAGUUGUCUUGAGGAGUUAAAAAUUAGUGGUUGCCACUCCCUUACAUCUCUGUCCAGUGCUGGUCUACCUUCUACAUUAAAACUCCUUGAGAUCAAUGAUUGUAGCAAGUUAGAGCUUCCAAUGCACUGGAACUAUUCAUCCCUUGAGACAUUGCGGUUAGAAAAUAGUUGUGAUUCUCUACAGUCCUUUCCAUUAAACUUAUUCCCAAAUCUGGAAUCCAUCGAACUAAUUGGAUGCGGGAAUCUGGAGUCUAUUAAUGUUCCACAACAGCAUGAACUUGAUUUAGUGGCCUUGUCAUCAAUACAAAUAAAUAAUUGCCCUAAUUUCGUAUCAUUUCCUAAUGGAGGAUUGCGUGCCCCAAAACUUCUUCAUUUUGAAGUCAUCAAUUGUCAGAGUCUGACGUCACUACCUGACAAGAUGCACAUACUACUUCCGUCUCUUUGGGAAUUGUAUUUAGUGGAGUGUCCAGCAGUUGAGUCAUUCCCUGAAGGAGGCUUGAAUUCCAAACUGGCUUAUAUUUACAUCGUAGACUGUGAAAAACUCAUCGCCAAUAGACGGGGAUGGGGAUUGCAAAAUCUGCCCUCCAUUAAAUUCAUUAAUAUCGGAGGCAAUUGUAAAGACGUGGAUUCCUUUCCGGAGGCAGGGUUACUUCCCCCUAAUUUGCCUUCUCUUUGCAUUAGUAACUUUCCAAAUAUGAAAUCUUUGGACUAUAAGGCCCUUCGACACCUCACCUCUCUUGAUGUAUUGUCAAUCGAUUCCUGCCCUAAGUUGAAGUUUAUGUAUGAAGAAGGGUUGCCUCCCUCCAUUUCUUCCCUACGAAUCAGCAAUUGUGCUUUGUUGGAGAAACAACUGCAAAGCAGAACAGGAAAAUACCGGCGCAAGAUUGCUCACAUCCCCUGCAUUUAUAUUAAUUAUAAAUUGAUUUGACCAAACUACAAGUCUAGCAAGAGUGCCCAAUUUCAGUUAUAUUAUCUACACCACUGAUGGAUGACGACAAAGGUUUGUUCCGGUGAUACGUGUUUCUACACAUCUCCUUUCGGAUGCUCUUAUGCAACUUCUUUUGUUCUUAUGCAACCUUGUUUUUGACCAACCACUACAUUUGAUUGUUACUUGUUCCAAUCAAGACUCGUGCCAUUUGUACAGGAUCUACCUAUGCAUGCCAUGCCAAGAAACAGGGCUACUUUUCACUCGACAUGGGGUGAUCAGCAAACGAUGAAAGAAAGAAGGCUUCCAUCAAGAUGGCUUGGUUAUCGAAAUGAUUACUUUAGGAGUCGUGGAAACAUUAUUGUUGGGAUAUUUGGGGAGAUGAUUAAUGUGAGAGAUACCAUGACUUCCAAAGUCGGACACGUGUGGUAAUCCCAUCUUCUUCAGGCUUGCAUACUCAUGGACGUGGCUAGCAAUCUUGCAUCAGCCGCUUCUAUACCAUUCCCAUUACUCGGUUGAUAUUUGUAAAUUGUAAUGUCUGAUAAGGAUCGAGAGGCUAGAUUUCUCUCCCUUUUGCAGCCAAUUAAAGGGUAAAAUUGUUUAA